AAAUGCUUGUAAACGAUUCAAAUAGUGUUAGUGUUAGUGUAAAUGAUUCAAAUAAUGUUAAUAAUGUUGACCAAGAUGCUGAGCAAGAAGAGAAGGACAGUUUCCAUCCCAAUCUUCAAUGUGAUAAAGAUUCCUCAACACAAUUUCAAAUAACAGAUUUCGAUAUGGAUAAAUUAAGAAGUACAAUCAAACAAUUUGUAAGAGAAUGGGCUGCGGAAGGUCAAAAUGAACGAGACGCGGCUUAUAAACCCUUACUUGAGUCAUUGAUGGAAUUUUUUAAAGAUGUUCCAGUUGAAGAAAGGCCUUCAAUUCGUGUGUUAGUACCGGGUGCUGGAUUAGGACGAUUGGCUUUUGAUAUCGUAAAACAAGAUCAACUACGACCUGUAUAUAUACCUGAUGUUCUACCAAGUAGCAUACCUUCUGGUGUAAAUUUUUCGAUGGUAGCAGGUGAUUUCGUUGAAGUCUAUGGUGACGAACAGUAUAAUG